GAUUGAAUUCAUGUGAGCGUGCAUUGUGACAUUUCUUCAAAAAUUCAAAACAUUGCAUCGAAACAUUCGCAUCGUUACGUAAAAUUACCAUCUUCCUUUAGGAUUCGGCAAGAUGAGUAUCCUGAAGAGCGGAUACUAUGACCAGCCCGAGGGCUCGGACCUGUUCGGGAAGAUGGUAGCCACCAACAAGUACGCUCUGGCCGCCGGUCUGGGCUGGUCUUCGAUCGAGGUACUGAUGAUUUCCAAACCGAAAGGCGUCAUCCCUUCAUUGGGACGGUACGUCUACUUCACCGGUCCAUUCAUGGGCAUGGCGUCGGCUUUUACCGUCGGAACCUACGCCGCCAACAAGCUUCGCGGCAAGGAUGAUUCCUGGAACUACGUUCUCGGUGGAUACAUGGCCGGCGGCGUGUACGGUGCCUGGAGACGCAGCGUUGUGGCCGGUAUGGUGAUGGGACUGUUCUUCAGCAUUGCCGGUGCCGUCAAGAAACACUCCAUCCAGGAGGGAUGGGAAUUUUUCCCGGCAAUUACAAACCAUCAGGUCAGUACUCUGAAUCCCAAUCGGUAUGAUUUCACGCUGACGCAAGAACGGGAACGAGGCUGGACCAAGUAAACGACCAGUCAACUGUGUGUUAAGAAGGCGGCGGCGUUUGCUUGUUUUCUAUAAGAUUCAAUUCGAACCUAGGCAAGUGGAUAGAGAUAUUAAACGGUUGUACAAAGGA